AUGCCUCGAAAAGCGAUCGACUCGCGUAUUCCGGCGCUCAUCCAGAAUGGCAUCCAGGAGAAGAAACGCAGCUUCUUUGUCGUUGUGGGUGACCGUGCCAAGGACAUCAUCGUCAAUCUCCAUCAUAUCAAGUCGCAAUUCGAUGUCAAACAGCAGAACAAGUCCGUCUUGUGGGCCUACAAGAAAGAUCUUCUGGGCUUCACCAGUCAUCGGAAGAAGCGAGAGGCAAAGAUCAAGAGAGAGGUGAAGCAGGGUAUUCGGGAGGUGAAUGAUCAGGAUCCUUUCGAACUGUUCGUCACUAUCAACCAGAUUCGCUAUGUGUACUACAAGGAAACCGAGAAAAUUCUCGGAAACACCUACAGCAUGUGUAUCCUCCAGGACUUUGAAGCCAUUACACCCAACUUACUCGCACGGACCAUCGAAACUGUCGAAGGAGGUGGUAUGGUGGUGCUCUUGCUCAAGGGCAUGAGCAGUCUGAAACAACUGUACACAUUGUCCAUGGAUAUUCACUCGAGAUACAGGACGGAAGCGCAUGACGAUGUGGUUGCUCGAUUCAACGAACGUUUCAUCCUAUCCCUCGGUAGCUGCGACUCCUGCUUGGUCAUUGACGACGAGAUGAACGUCUUGCCAAUUUCUGGUGGAAAGAACGUGAAGCCACUCCCGAAACUCGAGACGACUGAUGAGAGCAAUACCGGCACGCGGAAGGAGCUGAACAAAAUCAAGGAUGACCUGGCAGAGAAUCAGAUCGUCGGACCGUUGAUUAGUCUUGCCCGGACGGUCGACCAAGCCAAGGCACUUCUUACUUUUGUUGACGCGAUUGAUGAAAAAACGCUCCGGAGUACUGUCACGCUCACGGCUGGAAGAGGUCGUGGAAAGUCAGCAGCCCUAGGUGUCGCUAUUGCGACCGCAAUUGCCCAUGGCUACAGCAACAUCUUCAUCACCUCUCCCAGCCCCGAGAACUUGAAGACCCUAUUCGAGUUUGUCUUCAAGGGAUUCGACGCCCUCGGCUAUCAGGACCACACCGACUACACCAUUCUCCAGUCCACCAACCCUGAUUUCAACAAGGCUAUUGUCCGAGUCAACGUUCAUCGUCAGCACCGCCAAACAAUCCAGUACAUCCAACCUCAAGAUGCGCACGUGCUAGGACAAGCGGAACUUCUUGUCAUCGAUGAAGCUGCCGCCAUCCCCCUACCCCUGGUCCGCAAGUUGAUGGGCCCAUACCUCGUUUUCAUGGCUUCGACAAUCAACGGUUAUGAAGGAACCGGCAGGUCCCUAUCCCUGAAGCUGAUCCAACAGCUCCGCGAACAAUCAAGAGGCGGCGUAAAGGUUCUGGGCCAGGAUGACACUGAUGUUGCUGAUCGCAAAACUGGUAAAAUUUCCAAGGAUUCGGAUAGGGGCUUGGGUGGCCGGUCCCUAAGGGAAAUCACUCUCGCGGAGCCGAUUCGAUAUGCCCCCGGCGACGCGGUAGAGAAAUGGCUGAACAAGGUAUUGUGUCUGGACGCCACUCUGCCCAAGUCCAAGAUGAACACACAAGGCUGCCCACACCCAUCACAAUGCCAGCUACUUCAAGUCAACCGUGACACCCUGUUCUCCUUCCACCCUGUCUCCGAAAAGUUCCUGCAACAGAUGAUGGCACUCUAUGUCGCCAGUCACUACAAAAACACCCCGAACGACCUCCAGUUGAUGAGUGACGCCCCGGCACAUCAGUUGUUCGUCCUUGUGCCACCGAUUGACGAGAAUGCGGCAAAGCUACCGGAGCCGCUGUGCGUGAUACAGGUUGCCCUGGAAGGUCGCAUCAGCCGACAGAGUGUUCUUAACAGCUUGAGCCGUGGGCAGCGUGCAGGAGGUGACCUGAUCCCAUGGCUCGUCAGUCAACAAUUCCAGGAUGAAGACUUUGCCGGUCUUUCUGGAGCUAGAGUUGUCCGUAUCGCCACAAACCCAGAAUAUCUGAGCAUGGGUUACGGAUCUCGCGCUCUGGAGCUCCUGGUGGACUUCUUCGAGGGUAAAUUCACGGAUCUGUCAGAGAACCUACCAGGCGCCCAAGAGGAAAUGGUCAGGGUCACCGAUGAGGAACUAGCCAACUCCAACCUCCUCGACGACAACAUCCAAGUCCGUGAUAUUCGGUCCAUGCCGCCACUCUUCGGCAAGCUCUCAGAACGGCGACCGGAUGAACUCGACUACCUCGGUGUCAGCUACGGCCUCACACCAUCUCUGCACAAAUUCUGGAAGCGCGCCUCCUUCUCGCCCGUCUACCUGCGCCAGACACCCAACGAUCUUACCGGCGAACAUUCGUGCGUGAUGCUCCGCACAUUAGCCACAGGCUCCAACGACGCGAGCUGGCUCGGUGCCUUCUCCCGCGAUUUCCACCGCCGCUUCGUCUCCCUCCUCUCCUACCAAUUCCGAGCCUUCCCGACCAUCCUAUCCCUCAGUAUCGGCGAAUCCGCAACAGCAGGCGCAAAACUUGACCCCUCCCUCACACCACCCCCUCUCCGCAAAUCCGACCUCGACGCAGCCUUCUCCCCCUUUGACCUCAAACGCCUCGACAGCUACGCAAACAACCUCCUUGAUUACCAUGUCAUCCUCGAUCUCGUUCCCACCAUCGCAACCUGGUACUUCUCCGGCCGUAUAAGCGGCAGCGUCACCCUCUCUGGUGUACAGCAGUCUAUCCUGCUCGCCAUCGGUCUCCAGCGCAAGACAUUUGACGAUCUAGAGAAAGAACACACCACCGUCCAGUCCUCCCAACUGCUCGCCAUGUUCCUCAAGAUCAUCCGCAAGGUCUCCACUCACCUCCGCUCCCUUGUCGAGGGUGCUGUCGCGGAUACCCUCCCCGCAGAGCAAAUCGCCUCGGCACGAACUGCUGGCGACGCCCACGACGAAGUCGUCGAGGAGCGCUUCAAGCCUCUCGAGACAAGUCUCGACGAUGAACUGCGCGAAGGAGGCGAGGAAGUCAACGCCGAGCUCCGUGAGAAGCAGCGCGCCCUGAUCGACUCUCUGCCCUUGGAUAAAUACGAGAUAACAAACGGUAACGCCGGAUGGGAAGAAGCCGAGAAGCAGAUCCGCACCGGUGGCGCCGCAACUGUCAGCGUCAAGUCCUCGAAGCAGAGCAAGCGCAAGAAGGGUGAGACGGCGCGCGAGUUGUACGAUCAGGAGGUUGAGUCGAAGCGUCAGAAGAUUAUUAAGAAGGGGACGGAGGGUAGAAAGAAGAGGUAG